AUGUGCCUAUUGGAGUUACCCGAUCCUUUUUCCGGAUUUUCAGCGCGACCUUCCGGGGAAGGAGAGCUCCGGGAGGGUGGAGAUGGCCGACAGCCGGGCGGGGCGGGGAAGGGCGGGGAAGUAGCCGGCCCUGGUUGCAAAGCGCUGAGCUCAGCGCCCACCGCUGGGUGGUCAACAAGCGCGGGUCUGGCGGAGCGCGGUGGCGCGGGGAGACCGCGAGGCGACCGGGGGCGGCUGGGUCCCCGGCGGCGCGGCCCUCGGCCUGGCCGGGAGCCGCGCCAGUCGGUGCCCCAGGCCGAGCGCGGUCCGCCUCCCUCUCAGCGAUCAUCAGUCAGGAGUGCGGCCAGCGGGCAUGCCAGAUCCACCAGGGGCGCCGGCGGCGGCGCUCGCAGGCCGCGGGUGAAGAAAGUGCAGCCUCGCUCGGCCCGGAGCGAAGAGGUGGCCCGGAACGAAGAGGUGGCUCGGAGCGAAGAGGUGGCCCGAAGUGAAGAGGUGGCCCAGAGCGAAGAGGUGGCCCUGAGCGAGGAGGUGGCCCGGAGCGAAGAGGUGGUCCAGAGCGAGGAAAUGGCGGCAGCCGGGCUCAUCGUGACCGUCACCCACAGCAAUGAGAAGCACGAUCUUCAUGUUACCCCACAGCAGGGCUGUAGUGAGCCAGUUGUCCAAGACCUGGCCCAGGUUGUUGAAGAGGCCACAGGAGUCCCACUGCCUUUUCAGAAACUUAUAUUUAAGGGAAAAUCUCUGAAGGAAAUGGAGAAGCCAUUGUCAGCACUCGGAAUACAAAAUGGUUGCCGAGUCAUGUUAAUUGGGAAAAAGAACAGUCCAGAGGAAGAGGUUGAACUAAAGAAAUUGAAAGAUUUGGAGAGAUCUGUGGAGAAGAUAGCUGACCAUCUGGAAGAGUUGAAUAAAGAGCUUACUGGAAUCCAACAGGGUUUUCUGGCCAAGAAUUUGCAAGCUGAAGCUCUCUGCAAACUUGAUAGGAGAGUAAAAGCCACAACUGAGCAAUUUAUGAAGAUCUUGGAAGAGAUUGACACACUGAUUCUGCCAGAAAAUUUCAAGGACAGUAGACUGAAAAGGAAGGGUUUGGUGAAAAGGGUUCAGGCAUUCCUAGCUGAGUGUGACAUGGUGGAGCAGAACAUCUGCCAGGAGACAGAGCGGCUACAGUCCACGAACUUGGCCCUGGCCGAGUGAGGUGAGGCAGCGAUAGGCGGGGCUGCCCUGAAGAACAGCUCCCCCAGCUCUGCCCUCUCUGGGACUGAAGUGACCUGAUUUCUCCAGGGCUGCUGGGGACGCUCCCCCUGUUCUCAGUGAACAAGUGUUGUCUGCAGUCCGCAGUGGAGCUCCUGUCUGUUUUCUCUUUCCGUCUCCGUGCAGCUGUGCCGUCCAGCAGCCCACCCUGUCUGGAGGGGGCCUCCCCUGCCCAUCUUCCCAGCUCUUUCGACCUUGGGGUGCUUUCCUCGGGCUGGCGAGACCUCUCAUUAAUGUUGGAGUAAUUCUGGGUUUAUAGGCCACCCCUGUCUUCAGAUUCAUGAGGCCUUUUUGCCCUUGUGAUUCCGUAGCCUGUCGAUGUAACCCAGAAUCACCAGGAAGUUACAGCUAGUCAGGAAUGUUGGGAGUGGCUCAGAACAGAUGUUUGGCACACAGGAUAGUCCAAGUAUCCCUCGUUGUAACCGAAUUCUGGAACAGGUGGCUGGGUGAUUGGUUUACAGACCCUGACCUCAUCUCCCAGUGACCCUGCCCAGCCACAGGCCAUGAGAUCUCAGAGGCCCAUUCCUGGGAUGGAGCUCGUAUUGAUGCGUGGACUUCCUUGUCCUUAAGUAAAUCUUUAGAAGGUUA